AUGGGGGGUCCGGCCUUUGAUCUCCUCGCCAACCCGCUGGGAGCGGUGCGCGUCCUCUUCGACCGCGAGGUCCACCGGCUCCGCAGCGCCGCACAAAUCGGCGGACAAGGCGGCGGCGAUGGCGGGGGCGCGCAGGAGGCGAUAAAGCGGCAGCUGGCGGAGGGGGACUGGGGAGUUCGCGCGCUCGUAGACGAAUUCCUGUUCCGCGACGGGAACAUCGAUAAGGUGCCGGAGAUUAACUCUGUGGGCGUGGAUCACGUGCCUGUGGGAUCUCUUGUCAGAUUCCGAGGCAUGGUACAGGACAUGUGGGGCACGGAGUUUUAUCAGGGCCUCUACAAACGAAGCAGGCAGCCCCCAUCCACUUCCCCCUCAGGCUCCUCCGCCUCCCCCGCUUCCCCCUGGCGCACCACCAAGUACACUGAUGGGGACUGCGCAGGGGGGAUGGGGGGAGAUGGAGCGGAGGGGCUGGGAGAAGGGGCGGCCGAUUUUGGCAGUAUCUGGGAGAGGCGGCUGCUGUACUGUGUGCCGGUGCCGGGGGAGCAGCCGUGGGCGCGAGCUCUCAGGGAUGGGGGGAGGGAGGGUAGGGGGAACCGGGGGAGAGGGGAGGGGGGAAGCGGAGGGGAGGAGAGCAGUGGGGCGGAGAAGAGGGGCAGAGAGGAGGGGGACGCUGAAGCCAUGGGCAUGGACGUGGAAACGAGGGGGGCUCCCGGCGAGGCAGGGGAAUCCAAGAGACAGGCCACCACUGCAGUUACCAGCACCACAGACGCUGCCAUCCCCACCAGCAGCAGCAGCACCCCCGCACAGCCCGGCAGCACCGCUGCUGCCGGCAACCCCGCUCCAUUCGUGGAUCUGCACUUCCCUCUCGGCCCCUCUGCCUCUGCUUCCCAUGGCCGCCCGCUGCUGCCAUGCAUUGUCAAGCUGUACGACAGCGUAGAGGCACAGGUGAAGCUGAACCAGGUGGUUGAAUUCGUGGGGGUGGUGGCACCCCCAUCCGCACCCACCGUGCAUGCCCACACAGCAGUGGGGCACACAGCAGCACACGACGCAGGUGCAGCCACAACCGCUGGCGCAGGUGCAGUGACAACCGCAGGCGCAGGCACAACGAUGGAGGUGGAGAGGAUGGGAGGCGACAUGGGCAUGGGAGCGUGCCCCUCUGCGUGUCUGCCCAGCAGCCAGGUGCUGCGCCUGCACUGCCUCACCUGGAGGAAGCUUCCUGACCUCUUCCAGCCCGCCACGGAGCCCACUGUCGCUGCAGCAGCCGGCAUCAGGGCAGUGUUGUUGUCCCGAUUGGCUGCUGCUCUGGGCGGCGACAGGCUGGCGGCAGAGUAUUUGCUGCUGCACCUGCUGUCGCGGGUACACACGCGCAUAGAGCCCAUGCCUCUGGGAAAACUCUCCCUCAACCUCUCCGGCUUCCCAGAACCUUCCUCUGCCUCCACUCCCUCUCCAACCCCUCCUCCUCUCUCCUCCUUUCCUCCCUCACUCUCCCAAGCCGUCUCCCCCUCUCUCUCCGCCCUCACCUCCUCUCUCCAAACCCUCCUCCCAGCCACCCACACUCUCCCGCUCUCCCUGGACAAUCUUAACUCGCGCCGCCUCACGCCCCACAAGGACUAUACCUCGGACAGGCUAGUCUCUGGCGUGCUGCAGCUGCCAGCAGGGACCCACCUAACUCUUGACGAGACGGCUUUAAAGCCGGGAAGGGUGACGGCGCUAGGGAGUCAGAACCUGCAGGCACUUAAAGAGCAAUUGGAGUGGCAAAAAGUGGAUUACGAUUUUCAAUACUAUAAGAUGGAGAUGCAGAGUGAUGUUCCCGUGCUCAUUCUCUCGCACGCCACGUCACGCCUCCUGCCUGCUGACGUCAGCUUGCCAGUGCGGUGCACGGCGCCACCUCAGCCUGUCCGUGAGGACGAGCCGGAGGUCGCCACUUGGCGGCGGUACAUUGGCUGCUGCCGGCUGCUGGAUCACGAGAUUAAGGAGGACAUGCGGGAGCAAGUGGAGAGGGAACUUGUGGCAGCGCGCCAGCAGGACCCCUCUCUCGACUCCGAUACUUUCCACCGGUGGCUCACGUUGGCUCGCCUGGCAGCAGCAAGCUUUGGAGAGAGGGAGCUCUCGAGGGAGAGGUGGCAGGCAGUGAGGGACCUGGAGCGCACUAGAGAGGCUCGUAACCGAGUGGUGUAG